UAAAGUUACAAAGUACGCUUCGCCACAGUCGUUUGUUGUUCGUUGGAUGUGUAGGACGGUUGAAACUUUUCAGAUUUUUUUCUUGAGAGAAGUGGUUGGAAGUGGUGAUAAUCAACAAUGUCUGACGAUACGGAUGGAGAUUCAAGAAAUGUGUUGAGAAGAAGAAGGUCCAUUUCGAUGGAAAAUAUUAGCAAUCGGAGGAAACCAGAGCUUCGAAAUUCCAGAUCCAUGGAAAUUUUACAUACAAUACAGACGGCUCUUAAAAGCAGAGUACCAAGGAGGCUGCCAGUACUAUCAACCAAGGAUGUGAAGAUGAAGAUCAAAACUCAUCAAUCUAAAGCAAGUUCAGUUACUGCGGGGACAUGGUGUAUAUCUGAAGAAGAUAUGCGAAAUAUUACGAUUAGGAAAAAGCCAAGAAGAAUUGAAAAUAGGCCCAGGUCAAUAGAGACAAUUAAUUCUCAAGAUUGUACCACAUUGGAUACAUCUAAAAACAUUAAUCUGACCAUGCAAAGCAGAUUAUCAAAAUCUGAAGAUACCUUGAACAGUGAUGAUUAUGGCACAUUGGAUAAAAACAAUGAACCAAUUCAUGUUGAUUCAACAAUACAUAGUAGAUUAUCUAGGUCCAUAGAGGUCCUUAAAAGUGAUGAUUAUGACACAUUAGAGAAGUACACGGAGGACCCAACCUUGCAUAAAAGGUUAUCCAAAUCUGAAGAGCUCUUGAAGAGCGACCAUUAUGGCAUAUUGGAUACAUCCAAGGAAACCGUUCUAUUAGAUCCAACCAUGCAUAGCAGAUUAUCCAAGUCAGAAGAGCUCUUGAGGAGUGAUGAUUACAGCGAAUUGGAGACGUCUAGUUCCGCAGAUACCAUUAAUUCCAAUCAAGAUGGAACACCUAAGAGACGACAUAUUACCUUCAACCCCAUGGUUAACAUUCUAUAUUAUAAACCGUCACCAAAACGAAAUCACGCCUGGCGUCAUCGUCGUCGUCCGCCCCUAGAUUGGCAAGCACUGUUGGAUAACAUGGAGCUGCUUCGCAAAUUUGAUAUGUCAUCUUUAUAUGGUGAUGUUCCGGCUCUUACAAUUGAAGAGUUUUGCAAUACCACAGUAUUAGAUGAAUCAGUACAAAAUGUUGAUGAGCUAGAUCUAACAUUUGAAGAGAUUACUGAUACAACAGUAUCAAAGGACAAAACAGAGAGUCUUGAUGAAAAUGUCAUAUUGACACCAAUUACAGAAAUCACCAAGGAAGUUGACUUAAUGAGUCAAAAUAAUUCAAAUAUAAUCGCGGAUGAAUCUUCAUCAGACAUAUUUGAUAUUUCUGAAGAUGUCAAAAAGCACCCCAUUAUAAGUCCUCUUAAACCAGUUAUUGUAUCCGAUGUCACCAUGAUAUGCCAAAAGGACCCUGUUAAUCCCUAUACAGCAGAAGACAAGGAGAAUGUGGGUGAUGAUAGUAUAGAUACAACUAUCAUCAGUGAUGAAAUUACACCUGUCAAAAGGCCUAGGGAGAGCAUUUUGCAACUUUUUGACCCAUACUAUUCAUCUAAGAACCAAGUAGAGGAACCAUUGAUUAGACUAAUACCUACAGAAGAACAAUCGAAAGAACCUAAAGAUUUGUUGGAUCUUUCUGGAGCUCCAGAAGAAAUAGCUAUCAAAAAGCUAAAAGAAUUUCUUGAUGCUGGUGAUGAAGUAGAUUAUAACAGAUUUGUUGAGAAUUUACCCCAGGCAAUAAAGGAGGUAAAACAAAAGAUGGAGAAUUCUUUAGAGAAUUCAAUUAAAUGUGAGGAGGAAAUGACAGCUUUAAAGUUAGAGCUAAAUCAGCUGCAACAGGAUAAAUCUUCUUUGGAAUUGGAGCUUCAUCAGAAGGAUGAAGUCAUUUUGAAGUCACAGGGUGAGGCCCAAAAAAGAGAAAAUUGCUUGAAGCAAGAGAUCAAAAAUUUAAACGACAAGUUAGCCUUGACAAAUGAUUUAGGAAACAACGAAGAAUUGCAGACCCUAAAAAGUGAAAAUAUUUCACUUAAAAAAAGAGAACAAGAGCUCUUGUCUCAAUUAAACUUAUUAUCUUCUAGUGAAGAUAAACUUAAAUCUAUUAUGACCGAAUAUGAGAGUACGUUUAGUCAGAAGGUAAAUGCUUCCCAAAAACUGAAAGAGGAACAUGAUACAGCUAAACGACACCUUGCCACUUUGGAAAUGUCGUUCUCCGACCUGCACACGAAGUACGAAAGGAGCAAGGACAUCAUUGCUGGCUACAAGGACAACGAGGAGACGUUGUUACGAAACUUGGAGGCAGCACAUGAGGGGGCUAUUGCGAACGAGGGACGUUACAACAUGCUGAAAGCACACGCUAAGUCGCAGUUGGAUAAGUCCAACAAAGAGAUAUUGAUUUUAAAGAAGGAACACCAGCUUGAAGUAAACAAGCUAACAACAAUUACUAGAAGGUUAGAAAUAAAGGUGGAAUCAAUCCAACAAGCACUUGAUCAAAAGAAUAUAGAAUGCUCGGCAUUGGCAGCGCUUUGUGAUGAAGUAACCGGCUCGAUUCCUCAAUAAUAUGUUUAUUUGUUUUAUAGUUUAGUUUUAUUUGAUUUCGUUUUGUUUAUGUUUUAUAUGUUUUACUUCUAUUAUUUUUAAUAAGCUUUAUGAUUAAAUUUUGAGACAUAUUGACAAUGUCUCUUAAAAUGCACAAACGGGUUUUCUUUUCUUGUAAUCUGUUAUUAUAGCAAGAGAGAAGUAAAGAAAACGCUGGAAGGGUCGUACUAUUUUGUGAUUAUA